GGGGGGGGGGUGACCUAUAAAGAACCUCUAGAACAAGCUGUACCUGAGAUCCAAACUUACUGAAACAUGUUCAGAGAAGAAUCACCAAAACAGCUAUGUGAAAACAGAUCAAGAAGGAAAAAUUAGUUGUGCCAUAUUAGAUCAGAGACAUGCAUAACCAGGUUAUUCAGAGCUUUGAGAGGAUUCUCCACAAUCUCUGGUUCAUAAAAGACAUUUUUGGGCUCAUUCUUGGAGCAGUCUUUUACUUUUUUGAAGCCUUUGUUCGACUCUUUAUUCCACGUUGCAAGAAAGAUGUUGAGGGAGAGAUAGUCUUGGUGACUGGAGCUGCAAAUGGGAUAGGAAAACUGAUCGCCAAAGAACUUGGAGACUAUGGAGCAACAUUAGUCUUAUGGGAUAUCAACUCAGAGGCACUGGACAAAACAGCAAAAGAAUUAAAGCGAGUAUUGGAUGUGAGAGUUUAUGCCUAUACAUGUGACUGCAGCAGAAGAAGUGAGGUCUACAAAGUUGCUGAAUUGGUUAAAAGGGAGGUUGGAGAUGUGUCAAUCUUGGUGAACAACGCAGGAAUGGUAACAGGAAAAUACACUUUCAUUGAAGCCCCUGACAGUCUGGUGGAUAGAACACUAAGGGUCAAUGUUGCUGCCCAUUUCUGGACUUACAAGGCGUUUCUCCCAGCUAUGCUGCAACGGAACCAUGGGCACCUGGUCUGCGUGGCAUGCCAUGGAGCACUGUUUGCAAUGAAUGGCCUUGCAGACUACUGCGCAAGCAAGUCUGCAGCAGUGAGCUUCGCAGAAUCUAUUGCACUGGAGCUGCUUGUCCUUAAAAAGGAAGGAAUCAAAACAACAAUAGUGUGUCCUUAUCUAAUAAAUACCAAAAUGUUUGGGGGAUGUCAAACAAAGAGGCCGUCUUUUCUUCCAGUCUUGGAUCAAAGACAUGCAGCAAAACAGAUUGUGGAUGCCAUACUACAGGAGAAGAUGUACUUGUUUUUACCCUCAAGUCUCUAUUUCUUGAUGGCACUUAAGAGUCUCAUGCCUGCCAAACUGGGCAUCAUCUUUGUGAACUUCUUUGGUGGGAUGGAUCUGAUGGAUCACUUCAGAGGGGUCCCUGUACCCAUCAUCAGCUACAAAAAGCCUCAGCGCCAACAAAAUGACAGUGUCAGUGAUCCACAAACUCUUAUCUAUUACAACUAGCAAUAAGUUGGAGAACACAAGUGUAAAUCACCAGUGAGUAAUAUCAGUCUGCUCAACUGUGAGCUAAGAAUUGUGAAUAAAUUCCCUUUUUUUCUCUGUG